UCAAGUGCGGUCACACUACACAUCUACUUGUUGCUGAUAAUUUGUGUGCGACUUGUUUUGAUGGUGAAAUUAGCGGAAUACAAUUAAAACAAUGGAAAAGGAUAUCGCCAGCACAAUUAAAUUUCGGGAUAUUUGCAAGAUGAUGGAGCGCGUCAAGGCGGCAAAGAAUACACAACGCAAAGAACUAAUCUUGCGCCGCUAUUACGAAUCCUUCUGCAAACACCGUACCGCAUUUCGGCAGAGCGCAAAUGUAACGGCUGCCCAAGCUGAGGAUGGCCGUAGCAGCUUCUACUCGGUUCUGAGGCUGUUAAUACCCAGCGCAGAUCGUGGUCGCGAUAACUAUGGACUGCAAAUCACCGCCUUGGGUCGCCUGUACACACGCGUUCUUCAGCUACCCAAAGAUUCUGAUGACGCGACGCGUCUGAUGCAUCGCAGUUGGUCGUCGUUUCGUGACUACGGCGAUGUGGUACAUGCGGUGCUUUUGCCGCGCUGCUUCAACGCUCCCAGCAAUCUGACACUGAAGCAAAUUCACGAGAUGCUCGAUCUCAUAGCCAACGAGGAUACAACGAUCAAGGAACGCGAACUCAUCCGCUUCACGGAGCUCGCCUCGCCCGAGGAGCAAAAGUGGCUCAUACGCAUUCUGCUCAAGUCGAUGGGCCUUGGCAUUGGUGAGCAGCGUAUUUUUGGGUUACUCGAUCCGCUGGCAAAGGACAUGUAUCAGCGCUGCACAGAUCUGGGACGCAUUUGCAAUCUGCUGGCGGAUAACAAACUAUCGCUGUCAGCGGAUGCGAUGCCAUCCACGAGCAGCACAACGAAUCAUCCGGUGAUUGAUUUGAACACGUUCAUCGAACCCUUUCAGCAGAUACGUCCGAUGUUGUGCGAACGCUUUCCUGGCAAAAUUGAGGAACUAAUGCAGUCAGAUGUGCUCUAUCUGGAGAGGAAAAUGGAUGGUGAACGCUUUCAGUUGCAUUAUGCACGCAAUCGCUUUAAGUACAUUUCUCGUAAUGGCGCCGAUUAUACGCGUAGCUUUGGCGACAGCUACGAACAUGGUACUUUGACGCCAGAUCUGCGCACACUGCUUCCCCUGGGCAUGGAGUCCAUCAUACUGGAUGGUGAAAUGAUGAUCUGGGAUACGCAACAGUUGCGAUACCGCGAAAAGGGCGAAAACACAGAUGUGAAACAUUUGAAGCCGGACCGCAGCUGGCGACCUUGCUUUGUUGUCUACGAUUUGUUGUAUUUGAAUGGCGAAAGUCUGCUGGACAUGACGUAUGUGCAGCGUGCAUAUAAAUUGCAGGAGUUGCUCAACGAACAGCAGGGCGUGCUGCAGAUAAUGAAGGGUGAAAAGAUCAGUUCGCUGGAGCAUUUCAAUCAACUCUUUCAGCAGAUGCUGGACUCCAAUGCCGAGGGCAUUGUGCUCAAGAAACAGAACUCCAUCUAUAAGCCAGGAGUGCGUGUUGGCGGCGGUUGGUACAAGGAUAAAGCAGAUUAUAUCGAGGGACUCAUCACAGAAUUUGAUGUGCUCAUCAUUGGUGGCUUUUACAAUCGCAAGCGUACAUUCAUUGAAUCAUUUCUGCUGGGCGUGCUGAAGCCUGCCGGCGAACAAGGUCGCGAUGAAGUCUACAGCAUUGGCUGCGUGGCCAACAAUUCGCGUCAGCGUGCCGUGCUCCAUCACGAGUUGAAACCGCAUUGGCAUGAAUCUGGCACUGAACCGCCGCCGCUGUGGUAUCAUUAUAAGCCCAACGAGAAGGAGGGUUCGCCCGACGUCUGGAUACAACCCGAUAAAUCGAUUGUGCUGCAAGUCAAGGCAGCUGAUCUGACACCAAAUGGAGCAUUCUACACGGCCAAAUCGUUGCAUUUUCCACGCACACAGCUCAUGCGCGAUGACAAGGUGUGGAACGAGUGCAUGACCCUGCAGGAAUACACAGAGCUAUGUCAGGGUCGCGGUGCAAUCAAGAAACUAAAUAAACGACAUGUGGAUCUCAGUGAUUUUACGUCGGAGCGCAAGCGUCAAAAGAUGACGCCCUCGGAGCGAAGUCGCCUCGGUUUGGCUGCCUACGAGAAGCGUUACGAUGCCCAACCUUUGGUCCGGGGAUCACAGCUCUUCGACGGCUUCAGCUUUUGCAUUUUGAGCGGACGGCGUGGACACAGCAAACAACAGCUGCAGACACUUGCCGCCCAAAAUGGUGGCACAAUCGUUCAGAAUCCGCUGCCCAACGAUCCAAAGUGCAUUUGCAUUUGCGGUGAUCGCGUCUAUUUGGUGGAGCGUUUAAUGAAACAACAGCCGCGUAGCAAUGAUAUUUUGCGCCUCGAUUGGUUGUUGCGCGUCUGCGAGAAGCAACAGAUCGAGCUACGGCCCAAGGAUGUGUUGUCAGCGACGUCUGCACUGCAGGCGCAGUUUGAUAAAAGCUUCGACAAGCUGGGCGAUAGUUACACCGAUGUGCUGUGCAGCGUCGAGGAGUUGCAGGAAGUGCUGGAGGAUAUCACCGAUGCUGAGCUGAAUGAUGAGCAUGUGGCGCAAGCUGAGUUGGACAAAUUGCAGAUGCAAUUGCUGGGCGACAGAGGCAUAAAUAUAUUUGCCAAAUUCUCGGGUUGUUUCUACAAUCGCAAAGCAGACGAAUUGGCAAGAUUGCUUUUUAUGCAGCAUGGUGGACAAUUGGCUGACGAAGCGAAUGGAGAGGUGACACAUGUGUUUGUGUGUCCUGAUCGCCUGCACAGCGAGGACUUUGAGCAAUGGCAUCGUCAGCACUUUGGCACAAGCAAUGUAGAAACUGUGAUUACGGAUUGGAUACGGCAGUCGCAUGGCGCAAAGCGAGCGCUGCCCACAACAGAGUUUAUUUUCAAAUUGUAGCUUGUUUUUUUUAUACAUUUAAGUAGACUUUGUUUUUUAAAUUGAAUAUAUGAACGUGUUUGUGCAGUGCUAGUUUAUUAGCAUUAUAAAAAAUAAAAGCGUUGCUUGAAUAUAUAUAUUUUGUAAACAAUUGAAAAGGAAAAUAGUUUAUGCAAAAUGAACUCGCGUCGACCUGAUUACAAUGAUGUUGAGGAGACGGCGAGAUAUCAAGAGUAUUGGCUCAAUUAUGCCAUUAUGAUGAAGGAGAAUAUCGAGCCAACGGAAGAUGGCAUUGAAACGCAUACGAUUUUGCAACAGCAAAUGGAGCAAUUGGAUGCGCUGCAUCGCCAAGCGGAAGUGUCGCAAUCACAAUCACGAACGCAGUCUCAGUCUCAGUCCCCUCUAGAGGAUCCUCCGUCGCAGGAUCCUAGGCGACCCAAGAAACGCAUUGGUUUGCGUAUUUAAAAAGUGAGACGACGGGGCUGCAAGUUCGUGUGCAGUAAAAAGAGAUGGCAAUACAAAUAUAACAUAUGAUUAUGCGAUCUCUGCGCCUUUCUUUAGUUUAAAACAAUCAAGUAUUUUAUUAUUAUUAUGCAUGGUACCUUCAGAAUACGGAUACGAAAGAACGCGUACGAUUUUGUGGGCGUAUACAAAUAUAUAUAUAUAUUCCGUUGUUAUAGAGUUUCUCAUUUAAGUUGCGGCAAU